UUGGGGGGCCCCCGACACAGGUGGUGGGGGGGGGCCCUCAUGGGGUGGUGGAGACGGGCCAGACAGACGCCUACUGUCUUCACAUCAAGAGCUAGGCACGAGGAGCUGGUCUAGUGGUGUUUUGACCUGCUUCCAUUCACAUCAAAGUUCUAGACAAAUAUUAAACCCAGCGAAACACGCGGCCUAGAACAUUAUACAAGAUAACAGUUAAUACUGUGUCGUAGUUUUGUAAUUAACUACCAGUUAGUGUGGGCAGAACUACAUGAUUUGAGGACAUAUACAAGACUAUGGAGAGGGCAUCAUUUCGAGUAUGGCUUUACUCAGCUCUACUUCUACUACUGUUCAUGACAACAGCUGGUGACCUAGAGCCAACGUUUGCGAGGUGCUGUGUGUAUGGUGCCAACUGGGGAAGGGAAGGUCAGAAGUGCUCCACCUUCCCUGCCCCCGUCACUGGCAUCUCCUCUGAGCAUCAAACUGUCUGUAUCACUGCUGCUGGUAUUUGUUGCCUCAGAUACUUUAGAGAUGAGCAGUGCCAGAAAGGCAAGCAAGCAGCCCAAGUGGGGCAAGAUUGCAUCACCAACAGCAACCAAGGUGGAGAAUAUUUCAAGGAUUGUUGCCAAGGAUGUAAACUGGGGUUAUUCAGCGGGACCAUGGGUAUGGGGUGCAAUAUGGGCUUCAAGUUUGGCUUCCCGUGGGAUAAUGCCUACCAUCAGUGCUGCACUCAAGCUUCUCCAGGCACCUCACCUGGUUUUACAGAUAUUAGUAACCAAGUGGUGGACGGCAAUAACCUAUAUCCCGGUCUCGUAUCCCCAAGACUUUCAGAAUCUGAUGACUUGUGUGCAAAGUUCCCAGGUAAACUGUGUGCACAUGUUUGUGUACCAACGCCCGGAUCAUAUCGUUGCCAGUGUCGAGCAGGGUUCACACUCUCUGUUGAUGGCAAGACGUGUAUACAGGAUUCUCUGACUGACAGGUGCCAUCUAAACAACCCAUGUGCCCAUACCUGCCGAGACACAGGUGUAUCUAUAGAAUGUUCAUGCAACCCGGGAUUCAAGUUAGCUGUUGAUCAAAGGUCAUGCGAGGAUGUGAACGAAUGCAGCACUGGUGUGCAUAGCUGCCUUCCUGGAGAACAGGUAUGCUAUAACCAGAUUGGGUCUUACGCCUGUAUCAAUGCAGACGGCUCUUUGUCCUCCCCGGGCUCUACGCAGCACCAGCCGGGCCGUGGUGCAGGGGUUGCCAAAGGUCUUCUUGAGGAAACCAGGUCAACUGGGACUCGAGGAUCAUCGGGCUAUGGCAUAAACAAUGAAGUAGAUCAAGAGUUAUCAGGAUUGAUCAGUGGAAGAGUAGGAGCCUUAGGGGUGCAAGGGUUCCCUGGUGCAAGACCUGAACAUGGGUAUCUAGAUACUACGCAUUCUCAAGGUCGUUGCCCUCCAGGAUACAAUUUUAAUUUGGAUACCAGAGUGUGUGAUGAUGUUGAUGAAUGUGACGUAACCUCUGGCCUGUGUGGCCGAGGAGCAGUAUGCCAGAACACCAUUGGUUCUUACACGUGUACACAGAUACCCGUCGCUGAAUGUCCACCUGGGUUUGCUUUUGACUUGAAUCUCCAAUCCUGCUUGGAUGUUGACGAGUGUCUGGACAGCCCCACCACCUGCAAUCAGACAACGCAUUUCUGCAUCAACACCCAGGGUGGAUUUACAUGUCAGCAAAGGGGAGGUCCUACGGGCUGUAUAGCUGGUUACAAGUAUAGUAUCCAACAGCAGACUUGCAUAGAUGUGGAUGAGUGCACUGAAGACUUGCAUGGUUGUGACCCUCUGGAGGAGACCUGCAGAAACACUGCUGGUGCAUACGAGUGUGACAUCAAAUGUGAUGAGGGCUUUCAGUUUAGCCUGGCCCUCCAAACUUGUGUUGACCAGGAUGAGUGUGUCGACCUACCAUGCGACUCUGGAUGGGAGUGUCACAACACGGCAGGAUCCUACCAAUGUCACGAGUUACCCCGUGCCUUCUGUCCUGCUGGUUAUAAACCUAACAAUGACACUGCUUCGGGUUGUGAAGAUGUUGAUGAAUGUGUUGAAGACCUGCAUACCUGCCACUCGAGUAAAGAGAUAUGCAUCAAUGAGAUUGGCAAAUAUCGAUGUGAGCCCACUAGUAUCAAUGAAGUUGAUUCUGAAAGGAAUUCAUUUGAAAUUUUGGCUCGUGCUACCUUUCAGACUCCUGUUCAGGAAUGUCCUGAAGGGUUUGGAUUUGACUUUAACACUAGUCGGUGCCUUGAUAUAGACGAGUGUAACACGGCUCUAGAUGACUGCUCUGUAUCAGAAAGGUGCAUUAACACUCUCGGGGGCUAUUUAUGUAGGCCACGUCGUCGCUGUUCUGCUGGAUAUGCUCCCGAUCCUACUACAGGGGAAUGUAAAGAUGUGGACGAAUGUACUGCGGGAAUUACAAACUGCCUGCCUGGCCAAAUAUGUUUUAACACGGAAGGUGCCUUUGAGUGUCGUGUGGAAUGCCAAGAUGGUUUCAGAUAUAAUCCUACAGAUGCUGCAGUGUGUGUAGACAUCAACGAAUGCCUUGAAACACCGUGUGAGUUUGGAAAGCAAUGCACCAACACCGAGGGGUCAUUUGUCUGCACGCCUACCCCGACUAGGAGUGCUAGAAUCACAACAUCUACAACAACAACGACGACAACCACAACCACAACCACUAGUAAACCGCCCAGUUCCUGCCCCACCGGCUUCGGGAGAUAUCUCAAUAGUUUGCUUUGUGAAGAUAUUGAUGAAUGUCAAUCUCCGGUGUGUGAGCCAGAGCAGAGUUGUUUGAAUUCCUAUGGAUCAUACACAUGCACCUGGCUUCCAUGUGACCCUGGACACCGGAGGGAUUCUCAGACUCAUAUAUGUCAAGAUAUUGACGAAUGUGAAGAAGGGCUUCAUGAAUGUGAGGCAGGAUUCGAGCAGUGUGUCAACAGCCUUGGGGGCCACACCUGCCAGCCUCAACCAUGCAACCCGGGCUUUACUCGUAACAUGGAUGACCCCAGACAGUGUAUAGAUAUAGAUGAAUGUGAGUCUGCACCCUGUGGACCUGAGGAAGAAUGUAUCAACAGCAAUGGGUCGUUUACAUGUCGUCGUCUUACGCCAUGUAGUCCGGGCUUCAGGAGAGAUGAACAAAGCAAGCAGUGCGAAGAUAUCAAUGAGUGUGUUGAAGAGGCCCCAUGUACCCAGCAAGAACGUUGUGUGAACACACGUGGCAGUUACAGAUGUAGAACACUUGACUGUACUGCAGGUUACCAGCGGGAUGCACGUGGACGUUGCAGAGAUGUGGAUGAGUGUGAAACUGGCGAGCACACGUGUCGUAUUCCGAAGGAGGAAUGUAUCAACACUCAAGGCAGCUACAGGUGUAUACCUCUCACAGACUGUGCAGAAGGCUUCACUCGUGAUCCAAAGUCACUCAGAUGUGUCGAUGUAGAUGAGUGUACAGAAGGCACCCACAACUGCCAUGAAGGAGAGCGCUGCUAUAAUCAAUAUGGGACGUUUAAAUGCAGAGGUUCACCCAGUUUAUGCACGAAAGGCUUUAGGUACAAUGCUCCCGAGAGACGUUGCAAGGAUAUCGAUGAAUGUGCAGAAAAUGUGUAUUCUUGCGAUUCAUCAACCCAAACGUGUGUGAACUCUGUCGGCAGCUUCAGAUGUAUUGAUCGCCAGCCCACGUGUGGCUUUGGCUUCAGAUAUAACGACAAAAUACGUGCUUGUGUUGAUAUCGAUGAGUGCCGUGAAAACCUCGAUGACUGUGAGGAUGGCCAGGACUGCGUCAACACUCUUGGGUCGUAUCAGUGUCAAACUCGGGACACUGUCACUCAGACCUGCCAUCCUGGAUUCACCUUCAACGUGACUGCUAGAGUCUGCGUGGAUGUAAACGAGUGUGUGGAGGGAAUCCAUGGCUGUUCAUCACUAGAGACGUGCAUCAACCGACGUGGCGACUAUGUCUGUGAGCUACGAGUUGAUGUUCUUAAUAGCACCGCAUAUACCAGAGAGGAAAGUGAUGGGGAAGAUUACGAUGUUGUGGUGGCUAAGGUAUCGAAACAAAUAAAUACCAGGCCAGGUGGAAGCAGCAGUAAGCGUGGCCGCUGUCAAGAUGGUUAUCGCUACAAUCGACGUCGUCAUAGUUGUAUGGACAUAAAUGAAUGUGAAGAGGGUCGGGAUUUAUGCAACAAUCUCUUGGAGACUUGUGUCAACUCUAUGGGUGACUAUUGGUGUGCUCCUAAGCCUAAUCCAGUUAAUGAUGACAUUGUAGCUGCUUCUACUCCUGCUAGCUUCAACAUACCUCCACCUCCUCCCUUGCCUCCUCAUCCUGGCAUCGCAUGCUCACCUGGCAUGUUGCAUGAUAUUGUAUUUAAUGAAUGUGUAGAUAUUGAUGAGUGUGCCUCCCAGCCAUGCCCAGAGACGGAAGUAUGUGAGAACACGCAGGGUUCUUAUAAAUGUGGCUGUCAAGUUGGGUUCUUUAAAGAUGACUUGGAUGGAAUAUGCAAAGACAUAAAUGAGUGUCAGCUUGGUAUACAUACGUGUUCGGACACUCAGCGGUGCGAUAACACUCUGGGGUCGUAUGCGUGCAUCCGCAUUUCUGGUUGUGGUACUGGCUACACUCUCAACCACAACACCGGAGUAUGUGACGACAUAAAUGAAUGUGAAGAGGAUCCUGAUUUAUGCAACAAUCUCUUGGAGACUUGUGUCAACUCUAUGGGUGACUAUUGGUGUGUUCCUAAGCCUAAUCCAGUUAAUGAUGACAUUGUAGCUGCUUCUACUCCUGCUAGCUUCAACAUACCUCCACCUCCUCCCUUGCCUCCUCAUCCUGGCAUCGCAUGCCCACCUGGCAUGUUGCAUGAUAUUAUAUUUAAUGUAUGUGUAGAUAUUGAUGAGUGUGCCUCCCAGCCAUGCCCAGAGACGGAAAUAUGUGAGAACACGCAGGGUUCGUAUAAAUGUGGCUGUCAAGUUGGGUUCUUUAAAGAUGACUUGGAUGGAAAAUGCAAAGACCUAAAUGAGUGUCAGCUUGGUAUACAUAUGUGUUCGAACACUCAGCGGUGCGACAACACUCUGGGGUCGUAUGCGUGCAUCCGCAUUGCUGGUUGUGGUACUGGCUACACUCUCAACCACAACACUGGAGUAUGUGACGAUAAUGAUGAAUGCAAACUGAAGACUCAUGACUGUGGCCAGCUGGGUCCCAGGUUUCAGUGUGUGAAUAUAAAGGGAUCUUUUCGAUGCAUGAGAAAGACUUGCCCGCCAAAUCGAAUACUUAAUGAUGAGGGCCUCUGUGUCAAUCUUACCUGCAAUGUAGGCUUUAAGCCUAUUGGUGGAUUCUGCCAAGAUAUAAAUGAAUGCGCCGAAGGAACGCCCUGCGAGCGUAAUGAACAAUGUAUUAAUACACAUGGAUCAUACACGUGUCUCCCUCUCCUUAACUGCGGAGCUGGCUACAAGAUGAAUGAGUUUGGAAGUCAAUGCAUAGAUGUUGAUGAAUGUGCCGAUGGGACCCAUCAGUGUACGGGCAACCAAGUGUGUUCUAAUCGUCAAGGUGGGUACAUAUGUCAGUGUCCAACAGGAUUUAGGCUUAACAGCUUACGGAAGUGCCAAGACAUUAAUGAAUGUGAAGCCUACUAUGGAAGUGUAUGUUCAAAUAAUGCAGUCUGUGAGAAUACAGAAGGCUCCUAUCACUGCAAUUGCAAGGCAGGCUUCAAGCAGUCAAACGAUGGCCGAACAUGCUUAGAUGUGGAUGAGUGCGCCGAGAUUUCAGGGAUCUGCCAUCAUAACUGCGACAACUUGUGGGGAAGUCACCGGUGUACAUGUAGGGCUGGCCACAUCCUUGCCAGAGAUAACAGAACUUGUACCGAUAUAAACGAGUGUGACGAAGACCGGGGUCGUGGACGACUCUGUAUUGGAAUCUGUGUCAAUACAGCUGGAUCCUUCAAAUGCAGGUGUCCUGAUGGCUAUAAUCUAGCUUCUGAUGGUCGCACUUGUAAAGACAUAAACGAGUGUGAAACGAGUAAUGUUUGCCGAGAAGAAAACGAUCAUUGCGUUAAUACACACGGAGGAUACAAGUGCAACACCAUCAAUUGCCCUAAUAAUUACAUCCGUGACACCAGACAUAAAAACCGAUGCAAGAAGGUCUCCCUGUACUGCCUCGAAGAUGAUGAGGCCUGUCACCGUAAGCCAGUCAGCUACUCCUACAACUUCCUGCCACUGGUCAGCAACUUGACCUUACCAUCGUCGGGGCAGGUGGACCUCUUUACCAUGCGGGGGCCACUGUGGUCGUCCACCACAGUGCAAUUCGAGCUGGAGUUGGAGUCUGCUAGGGCUCCAGUAGGAGUUGAAGCUGCCACCAGACAGUUUUUCUACCUCAAACGAACCUCAUUUAAUCAGGCAGUCAUAUCUCUUGUAAAGUCAGUAUCGGGUCCCCAGGAGAUACAGCUAGCCCUCAAUAUGCAAUUAUAUCAGCAGGGAAAAUACAGUGGAUCAGCCAUAGCUAAACUAUUGGUUUAUGUUUCUGAGUAUGAUUUCUAAUUUCUGUAUCAUUACAAGGCUUACUAGGUAACCCAACCCAAGCAUAUGAAAUAAGUGAUGAUUUUGGUCCAUCUUGGACCCUUAUCAAGUUGUGACGUGAUAAAGGUCUAAGACAGACCAAAACACUGUCACUUUCAUUUCAUAUAUGUGGGUUGUCACAUCAGUGACAUUUUCUGAACUUUCCAGGUAUUUAUGGUGACAAAUUCAGUGGUCUAGGAUUACAGGUAAUGAUACAAAAAUAAAAGCCAAGAAAAAGCACACAUUAAAAUAUAGAGAUGUUUGCUUGUACUGUAAUAAGUUUAUGGAUGCAUUCCAUUAGGUAACAUUACCACAUCUAUAUUUCAAAUAUUCAGUGCUGGACUUACUACUGUGGCUAAUUUGCAUACAAAUUGACCUCAUUAAUAAUGACUACACAAGUCAUACCAAACAAGCUGAAGAUUUUUGCCUUUAAAAAGUAAAAUUGCCAAUGAAAAUUUAGUGUACUGUACAUUGUAUAAUUAACUUUUCCUGCUACAUUAAUUACAUUUUCUAAUGGUUACUGUCAUUCUUGAUUCGGCUAUAAUUUAUAUUAUAGAUGUAAACUGUAUUUUACAAUACAGUAUUACAUUACAUACUUUAUUUGAAUUAAAAUAAUUUGUUCACUAUUGAUUUGUAUUGAAUUGCAAUUUAGCCAUUGAGGAUUAAAGUUUGGCAAUCUCCUAAGUGAUGACAUGAAAUCUGGCCUAGUGCAGGAGUCUUAAUUCAAGCAGGUUAAGACAGGCACACAUUUUCUUACAUAGCUUUGGCAUCUUGUUUUCUUGAGAAACUUUCCUCCAUUGAGGGACAGUAAAAUGCAGACUCCUUCCUCAGUCUACUGUCAAGUGUAGAGAGAUUUGAAACGAGAGCUUAAAACAUUGGUAGAGUAAUUUGUGUUAUUGGUUCAGCAAGCACGUAGUACAAGACAAAAAUACAAAGAAACGUCAAUGUAUACAAACACACAGGUCAAGAAGUAUUAUUAAAAAUUUAAUGUGAUCUUUAUUGUUCUAAUUUUUUUAAAUCUUUACAAUAUUAUAUUUAUAGAAUACAGUA